AUGGAGAACAUGAUGCAGGGCAAUAAGAUCAGACGAGUUGCAGCUACUCGCAUGAAUGAGAGGUCAUCUCGAUCACACACGAUUUUCCGGAUUAUUCUGGAGUCGAAAGAUGCCAAUCAGAAAGAUGGACCUGUACAUAUAAGCUACCUUAACUUAAUGGACUUAGCUGGUUCUGAGAGAGUUUCUCUGACGAAAGCUGCUGGUGAGCGUCUUAAAGAGGGGGCUAACAUAAACAAAUCUUUGUCAGUAUUAGGAAAUGUGAUAAGGCAACUAAGCGAGGGGAAGGAGUUUAUCAGUUAUCGCGAUUCGAAAUUGACUAGACUGCUCUCACAGGCUCUUGGCGAUGUAUAUGGAUCUGUAGUAAAACCUUUAGUCGAUUCCUUCAUGGAAGGUUUCAAUGCCACAAUAUUUGCAUAUGGCCAAACAUCUUCUGGCAAAACACACACCAUUUUGGGCAAUAAAACAGAUCCUGGGCUUUUCCAAUUAGUAUCCAAUCAGUUAUUCCAGCAUGUGGCAGACCAGGUUGAUAAGAGGUACUUGAUUAGAUGCAGUUAUAUUGAAAUCUACAAUGAAAAGAUCAAUGACCUCCUGGAUAAGAGCAAUCAGGGUUUAACUAUGAGAAGAUAUCAAAGGAAAUGUGCUGCUUGA